UUAUUAAUCUGAUUCGGAUGGAUGUAUAUUUUGACUUGUAUUGGCUUUAGUUCGUACUCAUUGUUGAACAGAUUACAAUCUGACGGGGGUGAUUGCUGCUGUGCCAAACCACAACCAGUUAGCACUUAAAUAAUUACAUUUUCCUUUCAAAUAGUAACAUUUUUUGUUACAUAUUAUAGUAAUUAUACGAUAGAAGGGAACCUUUAUCUCGACCUGUGAGCGAAUACAUUGUCACAAAAAUGACAAGCAAAAACGAUUAUUAGAUACAAAGCAAUAUAUAUUUAAUUCUGUAGCAGCCAUUUAAAUUACGUAUUUAAUAUUUAGAAUGAUUAGCAAUUUUCAAUCAAUCAUUUGAGUAUUGCCUAAUGAACGAAUCAGAUAAUUAGCUACUAAUUAGCCAGCUCAAUGUUCGCCUCGAGUUCUUCCAGAUGACACUUUAAACACUAAAAUUAAAGCUUUAAAAUACGACAAAAUGCUUAGUGGUAUUUUAGCGGAAGUGGUAAAAAUAAAAAAUUGGUUAUUUCCGUUUUGAACUUCACUGGAAGAGUAGAAGCUGUAUAUUUUGCAAUGAGGAAGAAACGUAAACGAUUGGUUUUGCUUGUUUUAGUGCUGUUGUUCGUCUUUAUCGUCUUGUCGAUUAGGAAGAAAUUAUCUCAUUCAUUGUAUGAAACUGUAAGCGGCCUCGUUUGCGACGAGAAUCGUGGAAAGGCUGCCCUACUUGAAUUGUGCAAAUCGUAUUCAGAAGGGAGAGUGGCUGGGAAUUUAUGCAAAGAUAUCUGCCAGACCCACCAGCUGAUUAUAGAACAGUGUUUGUCACAUAAAAAUGAUAAUGUCAUCUUUUCAGUGAAAUGGAAACAGCAGAAUGCUGUUUUAAAAGCAAAGAAAAUGUCUUCCUAUAACUCUUGGGAAGAAGUCUUUCCAGACAGCACAAGUCUAGCAUUACCUGAACUACAAAAGAGAUUCAUUUCUGCAGUUUAUGACCAUGUUGUCUUGGAAUUAAUCCAGUUCAACAAAAACAAUACAAAGCCUACUCUUCCUACACUUUCACAAAAUACAUUGCUUGCAAAACUCUAUUUCAAUGCAUCUCCCACUAGCCUAAGCCAAACUGAAAUGCAAAGCCUUUGGAUGCUGUUACGGCAGGAUGAAUAUUUUCUUAUGCAGCUGUUGAAAGAUUUUAAACACAUGCCAAAGAUUUAUGGGACAUGUGGAAAAUUUUAUGCUUUGGAAAAAGUUCAAAUGUUAAUAGACUUUGUUGGAGUUGGGCUUUUCUCGGCAGCUGUCACUUGGAGAGUUCGUGUUAGGCUUGCAUUGGAAUUGAUGGAUUUUAUUCAGGAGCUUGACUCUAAAAAGAGCUAUGGCUUUACUUGGCAGCACUGUGAUAUUCAAGCCAGUAAUUUUGGUGUAAAUAAUGCAGGAAGAAUUAAAGCAAUUGAUGUCGACUUGGUGUAUAGUGGUGAGAAAAUAAUAGAGUUAUUGGGCCAACAACUUGGUAAUUGUUCAUCAGACAAAGAUUGCGAGUUCUUUGACUGUGCCUCACUAUGUGAUAUAAAGAGACAAAAGUGUACAUCAGUGAGGAUUUCUAAUAAUUUACAAGUAAUUUGCAGAGAUCUUUUUAAAUCAAAGUGGUAUGAAGGUGGAUUGCUUGCUAGCAUCCCUUCGCAAAGUGAGGAGAAAAUUAAUAAAAUAUUAGACGAAUGUGCAGCGCAAACGAAAAUUCCUUGGACGAAACAAAAAUUCCACAGAAUAUUCAAGACGUUGAAACGUUACCUUUUGGAUGAACAAAACCGUCUGUGAACCCAGAGUAAGGAAAAUUGAUUAGAAAUUGAUUCCUAACUCAAAUGCAAUUUGAGGGCUGAUUUAGACUUUGGCUGUCAAGUGUCAAAUGCGAAAUGUUAUAUACUUUACUGAGACUGAGAGUUUCACCAACUUUUUUAUGCACUCAAUUUUUAAGGCAAAAAAUGCCAAAAUAAGUAUGAAGUUAAAGUAUUUUUUUAAAACUUGGCGUCGGUUUCCAGAUGCAUAGAUGUGGGGGAUGAGGUAUUUUUUAUGACAUGAUUUUAUGACAUUGAUUAAUUUGCUUCCAUCCAUAUCUCCAGGGCUACCUUUCCCGUCGGAACUGAUCAAUUAUUGAAGUUUUUUAUGCAUGAGUUUAAUUUCACUAUGCCCAUCCUGAUGAAGGGUGCUUUCUGUCGUAUACCUCUAUAGGUAAUCCGAGAGGUCUAAAACUGUAUUGACUUUGGUUUCGCCGGAAAUCUAAAAGAGCGUUCGUUUCUUGGAAGUUGAUUAUUCACACCCACACAUUUAUUUUACCGCAAUAGCAGGUCGUCGUUAAUACAAAGACAAGACGGCCGAAAUUGCAGGUGUAAAUCAUUUAUUCUUGUUGUAAGGAAUGAGGACUUUAUCUCCUGAAAUAAAGUACAACAACAUCAGGCGAAAAACGGACAAAAACUGGUAGGAUAAGAAACUAAUAAUACAUAAUCUUAUUGCCGGAACCGAAGCCAGAAGCCUCAUUGGCGUCGGCGAUGAAACUGCUUCAUGAUUUUCUUAUGAGAUAAAAGGAUGCUGUUAGAAGUCUGUCUCAAAAAGAAGUCUGUCUCUUUACUCCUAAAUUCUGCUUCUAGCGUAUCCUAGUAUUACGAUAUAUUGUUUUGAUGAAUAGAAAAGGCAUACAGUAGAUCAUGGGUAGAUAUACCACCACGAUAGCUGUAGGUAUAAAACGAAAUUCCAUUCAUUCUUAUGCAGUUAUGCAGGGCAGGCGCUGUAUGACUCGGCUAUACGUAGCAAUCUCCUAAGUAUUUUGUCAGUUGGGAUAUAUCUUUCUCUACAUAAUCAUUAUUUUAUGCAGAGGAUAAAAACCAUUCAUUCGUUAUGUUAAUUAUAGGCAUUGACUAAUUCAUAUGAAUAGAUUUAAAUGUUUGUACCGGCCUCGCAGAGCCGUCACAACAUGCAUCAAAAAAGCUAAACACAUAGGUUGUAUAAGACAAAAGUCAACCCGAGUUAAGUUUAAAUUCAAAUUCGCUGUAAUGCAUCGUAGUGAUUUGACAGUUCUAAUUUCUCUCACGUUCAAUUUCACCUCUCCUUCAUCGUCAGUCCGUGACUCCGUACAAUUAUUGUUCCCCGUUUAGUCGUGUGUUUCUCGUGUAAUUAGACUUUUAUGGCGAAAUGAGUUAGUUGUUUCAAUCGGGCACGUUGGAACCGGAGCACUGGGGUACGUUGUGGCCUAAACUGAA